CUCUAUUUCUGUCCCAUUCAAUUUAUUAGCGGACAAUCCCUCCUUUGUGCGCAGCAGCCUGCAUCAGAGCCAGUGAGGGGGUGGAGGCGGUACUGAUGCUGCUGAAGCUGCUGCUGGUGAAACCGGAGGCUCGUCGGUUGUGGCUGCUCGGACGUGUCGACACGCACUUCUGCUCCAUCUCAACGAUUAAACCGGCAGCCUGGAGGGCAGAGCGCAGCAGCGGCAGGCGGAGGAAUGAGAGCAGCAUCUCCACCAUGCGCCCCACCGCAACCAGCAGCACCACCACCAGCAGCAGCAGGAAGCGUCCAUUUUACGCGAUUAUAUGAGCCGAUGAGCGCCCGUUUGUCUGAGCCUCGCAGACCGGCAGCAGCAGUGUGCAGUCCCGGCCAUGACUACAUACUUGUAGGCCCCGACGCAGCUACGUACAGGGAAUGAAAACGCUCCCAAGAUGGUCCGCAUCGCCAAGGCCCUGGGUUUGGUUAUUCUGUGCGUCGCCGUGCUCAUCCUGUCGCUCAUCAGCUACGUGUCUCUGAGGAAAGACAGCCUCUUCGGCCCCUCUAAAUAUUACAUGGGAGGUCCGAGGAUUAUGUUCCACGCAGGCUUUCGGUCUCAGUUUGCCAUGAAUUUCCUGGACCCCUCCUUCAUCCCCUUAACUAAUGCCCUAAACGAGGAGCUGCAAGGAAAACCGUCCAAAUGGAAGUUCAACAAGACUGCGUUUUAUCAGCAGAGGAAAGAUAUCUUCAGCUACAUCGACAUUCCCAACAACUUUUCCCUCACGAAGAACAGCGUCCGCGUCGGCCAGCUGAUGCACUUCGACUACUCCAGCCACAAAUACGUCUUCUCCAUCAGUAACAACUUCAAGUCCCUGCUUCCAGAAACCUCUCCCAUCCACAACAAACACUACAGCAUGUGCGCCGUGGUGGGAAACAGCGGCAUCCUGACAGGCAGCCACUGCGGCCCGGAAAUCGACGAGGCCGACUUUGUCUUCCGCUGCAACUUCGCCCCCACGGAGGUCUACUCCAAGGACGUGGGCAAGAAGACCAACCUGACCACCUUCAACCCCAGCAUCCUAGAGAGGUACUACAACAACCUGCUGACCAUCCAAGACAGGAAUAAUUUCUUCCUCAACCUAAAGAAGCUAGAGGGAGCCAUCCUAUGGAUCCCUGCCUUCUUCCUGCAUACCUCAGCCACAGUAACCCGGACCCUGGUGGACUUCUUUGUGGAGCACAAGGGCCAGCUGAAGGUCGAGCUGGCAUGGCCGGGCAACAUCAUGCAUGAUGUCAACAAAUACUGGAAGACUAAAAACCUGUCUCCCAAACGUCUCAGCACUGGGAUCCUCAUGUACACGCUGGCCUCGGCCAUGUGCGACGAGAUCCACCUCUACGGCUUCUGGCCCUUCGGCUGGGACCCCAACACAGGCAAGGAGCUGCCUUACCACUACUAUGACAAGAAAGGGACCAAAUUCACCACCAAGUGGCAGGAGACCCACCAGCUGCCCAGCGAGUUCAAGCUGCUCUACAAGCUGCACAGGGAAGGCGUGAUCAAACUCGGCCUGACGCACUGCUCUUAGACAUUCGGCGAGUGCUGGACGGUUCAAGAGGGGGCUCCAGAGACUGCGACCCACAUCCAUCAGCUCAGUUCGAACUUCUGUUGUGACACACAUGAUAAGCAUGAUAAGUGUUAAGGCAAUUUAUUAUCAUUCUGCAUAUGCACACUCACGUCUCGCUGUAAUUUCACAUGAAGAUGUCAGGGUCACUCGAGUUGUCAACCACAGCUUUGUUCUUCAUUUGACACAUUGUUGUGUUUGGUAACACAGUUAGGGUACAUUGAUGCUGCUCAGUUGCUUCCAUUACUCUCCUUUGCAUGGCUGCUGGCUGUGGCUAAACAGUUCGAACGGAACAAUUUUACCUGGAGUCCGCAGGGGAUUCAGCUGUGGGAACACAAACAGUCAAAUCUUCCAGUUCUGCUUAAUAUAGAUUGAUUGAUCACCUUUAGAACAGUAUACUGAUUCUGUACACUGAAAUCACUGCCUAAUCUCAGGGAAGGAGUUAGAUCAGUGUUUUUUUGCAAUCAGAUUCAAUGCCUCAAGAGAGGUGCAUUUCCUGUUUUCAGGCCUUCCCCCCCCAUGAGGUGUCAGACAAUCUGCACUGCUCUGGAAGAUGGUAUUUGUUUACAAGACUGUACUCUAUAGAUAUAUAUACACGUGUGUGUCUUUUAUUCUCUGUAGACAGUGCAACUGUCCACUUCAAAUUUUGUUGAGAUUCUUCAAAUUUUUGGAAUAAUAAUCAACAUUCCAACAAUAAGCCAUAAAUUCAUGGACAGACGAUUGUCAUUACAGUACAGAACUGCAGAAAGUGGUGUCAGCCUACAUUAGGUUCUGAGAAUAUAAGACAUUUCAAAUUACAACAAGAUUACAAGUCUGUAGCCACACUAGCAGCAACAUUUAAGUCACAGAGCUUUGAUUUUCCAAAAAUAAGUACAAAAAAAGUAAAAUUUUACAACAGUUAUAUUUAAAUAUCAGGAAUUGUAAGUUUUUUCAAGUUUAGCUAAUACUGUACAAACUGAGCAAGGGCAUUUUUGAAAAUGUUCAUCACUUCUUUAGAAAAUCAGAUUACUUUAAUGUAAUCACAACACGUGAUAGUCAAAAAGUGGGGCAAAUGACAGCUAUUUGUAAUCAAAUGCUAUGUUUGUGUGCAAAGUCUUUUCUACAAGUAAUAAUUGACUAAAAUAAGUAAACUGGGACAUCAAGUCAUUGGUGAAACCCAUAUAUGCCAACUCCCAAAGUCCUUUGUAAAACCACAGUUUUUACACAUAAUUUUUUGUAUAUAAGUGACAAGCAAAAUAUCUUAAAUGUUAAUUAGUGAGCUUUAGAAUUUCUGAUAGUUGGAGUUUAUUACCUUCUGAAAGUGACAGGCUAGCAGUUUCCCUCAGUUUCCAGUCUUUAUGCUAAGCUAAAGGCUAAAAAUGUUGAUUCUCAUAAAAAAAAAUCAACAAAGCAAAUAGGUGAUUUUCUUCAAAAUAAAAACUUGAUAUCGUUUUUCUUAUUUUUUUUUUAAGUUGUUGUUUUUAGGAUUAAAUAGUUCGCUAUUAGUAGCUAGUAUCCAAUUAUGCUAACCCACUCACCAUCAGUUGGUGUAAUGCUGGCAUAGAAUUUGUAAUUUGACUUACAUUGUUUUAUUUUUGUAAAAUAUUAUGUAAAGUUACACAUCAUCGACACAUCAUCUGUUCAGACGUGUCAGAUUCCAUAUUAUCUCUUUUUACUCCUGCAUCAAAAUGAAUGAUAUUAGCAAGCUAACAUUAGCUUAAUCAGUUGUUUAGUUAGCAAGUAGCUAAGCAUUACAUUGGACAGCUUUGUAGGUGAAAAUGUUUACAACAACUAAUAUUUAUGUAACAUCUAGCUUUGUGGUGGCUAAAGGAAACACAACUUGGACAAAAAUUUAGCCUUUCAACCAGAUAGUAACACAGAAAGAAAGACUUUUUAUGUAGAAUUUGAUGUGAAAUAUCAGUUUUUGUGGCUUCUGGCAAAGUAAUGUGUUGAAAUGUUUUUGUGAUUCCAUGAAUGUCUUCGUUCAGAUUGAUUUAUUUGAAAUAAUCACUGACUUUGACAUGAAUAAUGGACAUUUUUCCUCUAAAUGUUUCUCUUCAUGAUAAGAAAUCUGUUAGCUAGUAGCUGACAGCUAUACCGGGCUUGUUUUGAUUAGUGAUGUGUAAAUCUUCACUUAGUAAACACAAGCUUCCCAACUGUUUAAAGUGGCUACAGAAAACAAAACACACAAAGACCACCUUGUGACCUAAAUCAUGCAGCUAGCGUGGCUAACAACAUCAGGAAAUACGGCAUUAAGGACAGAAUUUCUUCAAUUAAAAACUGAUUUUGAGGUUUACCGCUGUUUCAAUUUCAAAAACACUAAACAACAGGAUACACUAUUUAUUACAGAGAUUUUGUUGACUGGAGAAAAGUUAUUUAUUCAUCGUAUAUCAAUUUCAACAUUUGUGGCGUAAAACAGAGAAAUGAAUGAAUGUUAUAUUACGUACUGCAUCUUGUAUAAAGAGCAUGGUCCAUUUAAACGACAUUGCAUGUGAGGCACUAACAAAUCUUUUAGGCUAGUUUUAUACAACCUUUUUGAAGAUUGUUUUGAGGGUAAAAUUUAGUUAUUUGCUAUUGUUUGUAUUCCUGGUGGUGUAUUCCUUAAGAAUACCGCCAGAGUCUUUGUAUGAGAUGUUUGAAGGCUAGAAAAGAACCCUACUGCUAUAUUCCACAUGGGACCAAACCUCUACAGAUCAACUUAAAAAUGAACAAGCUUUAUUUUUUAUAACUGUAGAUAAUCUUGGGUUCAUAAACAGUCAACUCGGUCUUGCCAGACUGAAGCAGGCUGGCUGAGGACGACUCGACCCAAACACUGAAAAGCUGGCCACAUGACCGUCUCAUGACUCUGCAACAUGUGCUCCCCGUUGCAGAAUCUGGCUUAGGCUGAGGUUGAAUACACAGAGCAAUGCAGUCAUUCACACUUGACCAGAUGCAGUGUGCGUUUUUGUUCUCAUUCAGAUUUAGUGCGGGUGGCAUUUACUUGCCAUCGUGUCUCACAAAAAGUGUUUUUCUGUCCGAUUCAAAGUAGUUAACUUGUGCGUCUCAUCUUCACACCACAGUGCAGUCACAACCAUGAAAACACACAUCUGGUGCAGAAGUUAAAACGCAGAAUUUUAGGUCAUGACAUCAUAGAUGUGCAAGUUUCAUUACUGUAGUCCCUUCAUUAGGAAUGUUUUGUAGGUACACCAAAGACAAUGUGUUCAAACUAGAAAUGAUAGACUGAUUUGGGAUUUUGGAAGAUGUAUCACAACUAACAGUAAGUAUUGCUGUCAAGGAAAUACCUUUUUUGAUGUUGGAUUUGAUGUUGAAUAUCAGUUUCUGUGGCUCCUGCCAAAGUAACGUGGUGGAAUUUAUUAUUGACUCCGUGAAUGUCAUCCUUCAGAUUGAUUUGUUUGAAAUGAACAUGAAUGCUGGACAGUUUCCUCCUCCAAAAUGUUUCUCUUAAUGAUCAAAAUCAAUGUUCAGAAUGUGUGUAAAAGAUAAUGAUGCUAACAAAGUCUGUGAGAAUUGUAAUUUCUGAUCAGAAUAAUGGUACAGCUUUUUGUGCAUUACAGUACCUUUAAAUGACCAGAAAGUGAAAUGCAUAAACAUAAAAUGUCUGUAUUCCAAAUUCAGCACUAUACAGGAUUCGUUCCAACAACCCUUUAACAUUCUUGUACCUGUGUUUGGAUCUGCAUGGUGACUUUGUUCCAUAAUGCAUAAAAAAGCUUGGCUGCUUAUGUACAUGUCAUAUAAAAGUCAUAAAUCAUGUAAGGGACUGUGCUAUCUUGGUUGUUCUCACAAAAGCGAUCAUCCGUGUAAGAAACCAUGUCUUAAAUGUUUUUUGAUUAUAUUCCAUGAUAAAUAUACAUUAUGUGCCUGCAUAUUCCUUCCAUCAAUGCCUCAAUGUGUCAAAUAAAAACAGUAUUUUGCUCUGAUGUGA